CGACGGCGCAACUAUAUAACCUCUGGCCGCAGAACAGAAAGAGGCGGAGAUUGUGGGUGUUGAUUUUUCAAAUUUCACUUACAGCUGACAGUCACACUUAGGAACAGGUUUCGGGUUCAGCAUGGUGGUGUUGUCCAAGGAGUAUGGUUAUGUGCUGCUGACCGGUGCCGCCAGCUUCGUCAUGGUCGCACACCUGGCCAUAAAUGUCGGCCGCGCACGCAAGAAGUACAAAGUGGAGUACCCUCAGAUGUACAGCGAUGAUCCUGAGAAUGGCAACAUCUUUAACUGCAUUCAGCGUGCUCACCAGAAUACCCUGGAGGUGUACCCCGCCUUCCUGUUCUUCCUAGCCAUAGGGGGGCUCCAUAACCCGCGCCUGGCCAGUGCCCUGGGGAUGACCUGGGUUAUCAGCAGAGAGGUGUACGCGCACGGCUACUCCACUGGAGACCCGAAGAAGCGGGCGCGUGGGAGUUUCGGGUCCAUCGCACUGCUGGGGCUGGUGGGCAUGACAGCCAAUUACGGCCGAAUCCUGCUGGGGUGGGUCAGGCCCUACCACCACUGAGCUCCCUCACCUGCACCACCGGCCUGGAGAGAGACGGAUCACGGGGAGACGGGGGGGGGGAGUGGGUGGGAGGGGAGAGCGGUAGUGAGCACCCACAGGACAGCGAGCAGAGGGCCACUCCACACUGGCCCGCGCCCAAUCCUGCGUGCCUGAAACACCUGCCAGCUGAACCUGAGCCGGUUCCUUUAGAGCCUGGGAAAUCUACAGGGGACUCGUAAAAUUAGUCUUUCCAAAGAACUGUAUUGUGAAAAUUGUGAACUGGGUAGCAGUGGCGGGACAUACAUUCCUAUGAGCGUGGAAACUAGAGUUUAAAAACAUUUUUUUAAACCCCUGGGACAGCCUGUGUGUUCUGUGAUGCACCUCACAGUACGUAGUUUUCAGAUAGUUGUUUGAAUAAGUGAGCUAACUUUAUAAGAAUAUUUUGUAUGGCAGAUUGCUCCUGCAAAGUAAAUAAUUCCUUCAAGUGACGUAAGAUCUGAGGGGAUCCUGUGUAGCUUUGGGUCAGAAGACUGUUUUGGAAGCUUUGUGAGAGACUGAAAGGAGAUCUCCAAAUGCACUCAUCCUUGGGAUACACUGAUUAUGGACUGGACCAGAUUAUGGCUUUUGACCCACAUGCUGAAUGCAAGUUACAACAGGUUUUACAGUGGAUUUUUGGAGGGUUGAAUAAAGAGGCCUGUGCUGCCAAUCAAGUUCUGUUUUUUAUGACUUGUGAUUGAUGCUGGUAACCAGACAUUUGGACAGACCCAGUUCUUCAUUCCACAUUCCUCCUCCUGAAAAUAUUGAAGUGAUCUGUAUGGGGGCCAAUUGUAGAACUGAAGGGCAGUGAUACUAUUAAUAAACUGAUUGUGGACAGGCAAAGCCAAGUUAUCCUGUCCCUGACUUACAGCAGAUGAUGGCAGGGAAUCACAGAUUUUGGGGAAACCUGGAAUAUUAAUCAAGAAUUUUAACAGCCUAGGAAUGUACGCAGCCCUCUUUCCUGUAGCAUAGUUGUUUCCUGGUUUGCAUUGUUGGCAUCACGGUUUCUGAAUUGAACUUCAAUUUUGGUUAAUGAGAGCCAUUUUUCUUCUGCAGCUUUCAAUUUGAUGACAAGAAUUUAAAAACUGAAAUAAACAGCUCUUUGUGAGCUAGAAAUUGUUCCAAAGGUCUGAUUAAGCAAGAGACUAGUUCCCAAUAGCUGUUGGGUAAGGAAUUCAGAGCCCUGUUGGACCAAAGUCCAGCAGGGAUUUGGGCUCCCAAGGAUGUGGGUCAGGUAGUCAUUUCCACAAUUUCCCGCAACUAAAAAUCUGCUGUGUGUGGUGUCUUCUGCAGCAUGGUGCUGAGAUACUUCAGCUGGAGGAAAGGUACAGCUGCUCUUCCGUCAGCUUUUAGAAGGGGGUGUUGAUAGUGCCCUCAGUUCCAUCCUCCUCACUCCUCCCUUAUCAUGAAACUUUAGCAUCUCUCUGCAGUUUACGGUGUUUAAUCAUGGAUGCCAAAUGUUGCAUUAUUAAAAAAAAUAAAAUAAAUCUUGAUAAUAAAAA